AUGGUUUUAAAGAAACAACUUCGAUUGGUCGGUUCCUUUUCAUCUGCCAUCUAUCGCGAUACAGACUAUGGCAACUGGCACUCUGAGAAGUCAUGGAUCGGUUACGAUGAGCUUGCCAUUGUUAUGACUUUGAUGCUGCAAAGCAAUCUAUCAUCACCACACUUGUCAUACAAUGAGCUAGUCUACCCAACCCUGGCCUUGGAGGGGCUGAACGCGGACGAGAAGCAACUAAACCAGUCCGAGUUGGAGAUUGCGGCGGUGAUACCUGUUUUGUCGGUUGUUUUCGAAUGCCAUGUGUAUCGCCAAAACGAAAUCGCAAUCGAUGUUCUGGUUGCAGACACUAUCGGAGACAUAGUCAUCCAUCACAGGAUCGCUUCAUCUGAGCUGUUCCCUCGUAACGACACUAUCAGAGUCAAUGUCACCGGGGAAUAUUGUUCGAAUAACAACAUCACGCCGCCUGAGCUUGCAGCGACAGCUCUCUUCGCCAUAGGCGAUGCAGACACAUCCGUCAACGUGUUUGCUGGCGCCGCCGGGCCAGCUCAGACAUCGAAUAUACAGGUUCGCGCGUGCAGCAACUUCUUUGUUUGGGGCACCCACACCAGGCCCACUACUGGCGGUUCCCCUUGA